AUGUCUACCAACUCGAUAAAGCUCAUUGCCGGUGACGUUCACCGGGGCCUUGCGGAAUUAGUCGCUGACCGAUUGGGUCUUAAGCUCUGCAAAGUUGAUGUUUUCCGAGACUCUAACCGAGAAACCUCUAUUACCAUUGGCGAGUCUGUUCGUGAUGAAGAUGUCUACAUCAUUACCCAGAUUGGCUCUGGCGACGUAAAUGACCGAAUUCUGGAACUGCUGAUUAUGAUCAAUGCAUGCAAGACAGCCUCUGCACGAAGGAUCACAGCAGUUCUGCCCAACUUCCCCUAUGCGCGCCAGGACCGUAAGGACAAGAGCCGUGCACCCAUUACAGCCAAGCUGAUGGCCAACAUGCUGGAGACAGCCGGAUGCAAUCACGUCAUCACGAUGGAUCUACAUGCGUCUCAAAUCCAAGGUUUUUUCGACGUGCCUGUGGACAACUUGUACGCUGAACCCAGUGUUGUGAACUACAUUAAGCAAACCAUUGAUUACAACAAUGCCAUCAUUGUUUCCCCUGAUGCCGGCGGUGCGAAGCGAGCUGCUGCUCUUGCCGACCGGUUGGACCUGAACUUUGCGCUAAUCCACAAGGAGCGUGCACGUGCCAAUGAAGUCUCACGAAUGGUUCUUGUUGGAGAUGUGUCUGACAAGAUUUGCAUUCUGGUGGACGAUAUGGCAGAUACCUGCGGUACACUUGCUAAGGCAGCUGAAACUCUUUUGAGUCACAAUGCACAGUCGGUUAUUGCGAUUGUGACACACGGUAUUCUGUCAGGAAAGGCCACGGACAUUAUCAACAAGUCGAGGUUGGCUAGCGUUGUGUGCACCAAUACAGUUCCUCUGGAGGGUAAGGACCAGCUGAGUAGCAAGAUUGCUACUAUUGAUGUCAGUCUUGUUCUUGCUGAGUCGAUUCGUCGUUUACACAAUGGUGAAAGUGUGUCAUAUUUGUUUAGAAACGCUCCUUUGUAA